AUCUGAUGAUAGUCGAUAGAUUUCGAACUUUGAAGUUGCAGAGUGAAAUGGCGGUGAUGAUAUCGACGAUUAGCUUCGUCAACGCCUCUUUCCUCGAUGAAAGUCUGAACUUUCGCCGCAAUUCUCUCCGAAGACCGGUGUUUCCUCAAGCUUGGUUCAACGGCCGGCGGCUCGUUCCUCUGAAAUCGAAGAAAAAUGUAAUCUUGUGUUUGAAUUUGAACGCGAAGGAGGUUAGUGAGUUCAAACCCAGUUUCGAUCAGUACCUGCAAAUCAUGGAAUCGGUUAAAACAGCUCGGAACAAGAAGAAGAAAGUCGACGCCUUGGUUAUAGACAAAGGUGAGGAUGAUGGUGCUAGAAGAAGAUUAGUGUUGGGACGAGGUGUCGAAGAUGUGAAGACUAAAGAUGAAGGCUUCAGGAGAAGAUACUCGAGGCAGGAGUUGGUCAGCGGCGAGAAACGCGAUGACGGGAGAGGUUUCAAGAGGAAUGAGGAAAGUGGGAUUCAGAGAGAUGUGAAAUGGAGCAAGAGUGUUGAGACUUCUUCAGCGACUGUCCCAGAAGAUGAGAGCUUCAGGAGAAGAAAGUACGCGAAGCAGGAGAUGGUUAAGUACCCGCGUUCCCCUAGAGGGAUUGAGCGAGGUUCUAAAGCUGAUGUUCUUGGAGAUAUGCGGUUCCAGAGAACAGCCAAAGAUGUCAAAUGGAGUAAGACUGGUGAAUCUUGUUCAGUGACUGCGCCAGAAGAUGAGAGCUUCAACAAAAGGUACGUGAGGCAGGAGAUGGUUAGUUACCAUCGUUCCCCUGAUGCAUCCAAAGGGAUUGAUAGAGGUUCCAACGCUGAUACUGUUGGAGAUAGGCGCUUUCAGAGAAUAGCCAAAGAUGUCAAAUGGAGUAAGAGUGGUGAACCUUCAGUGAUUGUGCCUGAAGAUGAGGGUUUCAGGAGACAGAAUCCUAAGCAGGAGAUGAUGAGGUAUCAGCGUGUCAAUGGUACAUCAAGAGGAAGUGAGAGAGGUUCCAGGGGAGAUGGUUUGGAUCUUCUCGCUGAGGAAAGUCGAAUUGAGAGACUAGCCAUCGAGAGGCAUGAGUUAAGAAGUAGCAAGUUGAGUAGAACCAGGAUUGUGGGUGCUAAGAAAGAUGAUGAUGGCUUGUUUGACAUGGAAAGUCCUGCCUUUAGAUUUUCCGAUGAGUCCAGUGACAUAGUGGACAAGCCAGCAACUUCACGUCUCGAAAUGGAAGACAGAAUCGAGAAGUUGGCAAAAGUGUUGAAUGGUGCAGACAUCAAUAUGCCUGAAUGGCUCUUUUCGAAGGCGAUCCGGAGUGCAAAGAUCAGAUAUACGGAUUACACUAUAAUGAGACUGAUCCACUUUCUAGGGAAACUUGGAAACUGGAGACGAGUUCUUCAAGUCAUUGAGUGGCUUCAAAGGCAAGACCGUUUCAAAUCAAACAAGCUAAGAAUCGUUUACACAACUGCACUAAAUGUGCUUGGUAAGUCAAGAAGGCCUGUGGAAGCUCUCAAUGUAUUCCAUGCAAUGAUGUUACAAAUAUCAUCAUAUCCGGAUAUGGUAGCGUACCGUUCAAUUGCAGUAACACUUGGACAAGCUGGUCAUAUAAAGGAACUCUUUCAUGUGAUUGACACAAUGCGAUCUCCACCUAAAAAGAAGUUCAAGCCAACGACACUUGCAAAAUGGGAUCCCCGGCUUGAACCUGACGUUGUUGUGUACAAUGCGGUGCUCAACGCAUGUGUUCAACGGAAGCAGUGGGAAGGAGCAUUCUGGGUCUUACAGCAGUUAAAGCAAAAAGGACAAAAACCUUCUCCUGUCACCUAUGGCCUCGUCAUGGAGGUGAUGCUAGCAUGUGAGAAAUACAACUUAGUUCAUGAAUUCUUCAGGAAGAUGCAGAAAUCCUCUAUCCCUAAUGCUCUAGCAUACAGAGUUCUUGUUAAUACACUGUGGAAAGAAGGCAAAACCGAUGAGGCCAUACAGACGGUUGAGGAUAUGGAAAGCCGUGGUAUUGUUGGAUCAGCUGCUCUUUACUACGACCUUGCUCGCUGUCUAUGUAGCGCAGGAAGGUGUAAUGAAGGACUUAAUACGAUUAAGAAGAUAUGUAGAGUUGCAAAUAAGCCUCUUGUGGUGACUUACACUGGCCUUAUACAAGCAUGCCUCGACUCCGGAAACGUGAAGAACGCAGCUUAUAUCUUUGAUCAGAUGAAGGAGGUCUGCAACCCGAACCUAGUUACUUGCAACAUAAUGCUAAAAGCUUAUCUACAACAAGACGGGUUGUUUGAAGAAGGCAGGGAACUUUUCCAGAAGAUGUUGGAAGAUGGAAAUAAUAUAGAAAGCAGCUCAGAUUUCGAAUCGAGAGUGUUGCCAGACACGUAUACUUUCAACACAAUGCUAGAAGCUUGCGCUGAACAUAAAAAGUGGGAUGAUUUUGGGUAUGCGUAUAGGGAGAUGUUGCGUCACGGAUACCAUUUCAAUGCUAAACGUCAUCUCAAAAUGGUUCUUGAAGCUAGCAGAGCAGGACAGGAAGAAGUGAUGGAAGAGACAUGGGAACAUCUGAGACGGAGUAAUAGGAUUCCGCCUUCGCCUCUAAUCAAAGAGAGAUUCUGCAGGAAGCUCGAGAAAGGCGAUCAUGCAACGGCCAUAUCCUCUCUUGCUGUUCUUAAUGGUAACAUUGAGGAGACUGAGCUACGGGCAUGGUCCACGGACGCAUGGUCCAAGGUCUUGUACCGGUUUGAGAAAGAUUCAGUUUUGAGGUUAAUGGACGAUGUAAACAGGCGCGUGGGUUUGAGAAGUGAGUCUUCGGAUUCGGUUUUGGGGAAUCUUUUGAGUUCUUGUAAAGAGUUUCUGAAGAACAGAACACAAGUGUUGUAAGUUAUUGAAACUCUUUAUUAUAACAUUAUAAGAAAAGGCUGUGAUUGUUGUGA